GGAGGCUUCCGCUGGCCGACCGCUACGCGCUGCUGCACUGGCACAACCAGGUGUACCCCAGAGAGGUCCUAGGGCUGGUGGAUAUGAUCGCCCUGGAGAAUGGGGAGCUGGGGCCCCUUCUGUCCCCUGGCACCCUGCGCAGCUUGGAGGAUGAAUGUGUCACAGAUGUUAAGGCUCAGACUCGGGCAGCUCUGCUGCGGGUGCUGCAGGACGACGAGGAGUUCUGGGGGAGCCCAGAGGACAGGCCAGGCAGCCUGGCACAGGACGUGUGUGAGCUCCUGGAAGAGCACACCGAGCGAGCACCCCGCAUCAGCCAGGAGUUUGGGGAGCGGAUGGCCCACUGCUGCCUGGGGGGGCUAGCAGAGUUCCUGCAGAGCUUUCAGCAGCGCGUGGAGCGGUUCCACGAGAACCCGGCCGUCCGGGAGCUGCCACCCGACGUCUACAUCAGCAGGACUAUCUCCCUGGUCAACUGCGGGCCCCCCCUGAGGGCUCUGGCUGAGCGCCUGGCCCGGGUGGGGCCCCCAGAAAGUGAGCCGGCCCGGGAAGCAGCAGCCAGUGCGCUGGCCCGAGUGACCCGGCUCUGCCACCGCGUCCUGGCCGACCUGCUGUUCCAGGAGCUACAGCCACACUUCAACAAGCUGAUGCGCAGGAAGUGGCUGAACAGCACGGAGGCUUUGGAUGGCAUCCUGGGCACCCUGGGUGCACAGGCCCUGGCACUGCGAAGGAUGCAAGAUGAGCCUUAUCAGACGCUGGUGGCCGAGCUGCACCGGCGGGCGCUGGUGGAGUACGUGCGGCCGCUGCUCCGCGGGCGCCUGCGCUGCCGCUCGGCGCGGACCCGCAGCCGCGUGGCCGGGAGGCUCCGGGACGACGCGGCGCAGCUGCAGCGGCUCUUCCGGCGGCUGGAGUCCCAGGCCACCUGGCUGGACCCACUGGUGCCCCACUUGGCGGAAGUCCUGCAGCUAGAAGACACGCCCAGCAUCCAGGUGGAGGUGGGGGUGCUGGUGCGGGACUACCCAGACAUCAGGCGGAAGCACGUGGCGGCGCUCCUGGACAUCCGCGGCCUGCGCAACACGGCGGCACGCCACGAGAUCCUGGCCGUGGCCAGAGACCUGGAGCUGUCCGAGGAGGGUGCCCUGUCACCCCCUCGGGACAGGGCCUUCUUUGCGGACAUCCCCGUGCCCCGCCCACCUUUCUGCCUGGGACUCCCUCUCUUCCUGGGCCGCUUGCCCCUCUCCCGGCUGGCCCGGCCCGGCCUGGCCUGUCUGCCCCGGCCUCGGCCUCGGCCUCCCUCGAGGCCUCGGGCACAACGCUGACACUCUCCUCCCGCCUUCUGCCUCAGUGUCCCCAUCUUUGCUGCUGACAAACUGCCCUCCUGUACAGCCCCCACUCCUGGCUGCCCGGGACCACAGAGCCCUGGGAUGGAAAGAUCCUUAGUGGUGUCCCUACUCACCCUCGAAGCCCUGUACAGAAGAAAAACAGGCCAGAGGGAGCAAGGACUUUCCCAAGGCCACGCACGAAGCAGGUUCCCAGCCCUCCUCCCCAGCCCAGCCUGUGGUGAGCUGCGUUCUGGAAGGCUCUACAGAAAUAUCCAGCCACCCCCCUCCACCCCGCCCUUUCCCCUCACCUCAAGGUCUGGCCCAAAUCCAACGUAUUAAGGAAUGUACGACACUUAGAAUAAAGAGGUUUCUA